AUGAAUUGGUUCAAGCAGCAAUUGGCCAACGUCGCGGGAACGCAAGAGCCUGAGUAUGGGCCGUCUGCCAUACAGAGUGUCACGAGCCAGUCGCAGCAGUUCUCAGACGUGACCAAAGACGACUUAAAAUGGAUCAACAUGGACAGCACCAAUGUCGAGACCGCAACCUUCUAUUUCAUGACCGAUGAGGGUUUCACCGCAAUGGCUCAGAUUAUCUACUCCAACGUCGCAGGUAUUCACACCACCGCCCAGUUCAAUAGCAAGAUCUUCAACCACGACGGACCCGGGAAACACCUAUGGUGCUCCGACCCCCUCCAUAACUUCGGCUUCGACGAUGCGCAAACUGGAUUCUUCGCCGACAACGUCGCCGUGGAAAUGAAUGCCGACAUCGACACCAUCACCAUCAAGUCUGCCUCAAACGAAGGAAAUCUAGUAAACUUGACCUUGAAGCGGAAGGCGCCCGCGUUCCAGGCUGGAAAAGAUGGCACAAGCUACUUUGGCACUGAUCCCGCCAACCCUUGGGGGUCGAUGUUCCACCGUUUCUGGCCGCGAUGUACGGUUACGGGCAAAAUGCAAACCGAGAAGAAGACUUACGACAUGAAAGGCAAAGGCCUUUUCAUCAAAGCGUUACAAGGCAUGAAGCCGCACCACGCUGCCGCUAAAUGGAAUUUUAUUUGGUUCGAAUCGCCCACAUAUACCUCCGUGCUCAUGGAGUAUACAACGCCUGGAUCUUACGGCCACACUUCCGUCAGUCUCGGCGGCAUUGCGAAAGAUGGCGACAUCAUAUAUGCUGGACCUACCACUGUCAAGCAUACCAAGUCGGCACCAGAUGUAGAUUGCAACUGGCCUGAGCCAAAAGCCAUCGAGCUAGAGUGGAAAGGCCCUGGUGCAUCCGGCAAAUCUGUGGAAGCCUCACUACAAGGCGAUCUGCCGGAAAGGACAGACCGCGUCGAUGUGCUCAGCCACAUCCCGGGCUUUGUAAAGUCCAUCGUCGGCGGCGUUGUAGGAACACGCCCCUACAUCUAUCAAUACAUAUCCAAAGACGACCUAACUGUGAAGGUCGACGAUAGCACCGAGAAGGGCCAGCUAUUCAUGGAGGCCACCUUCAUCUCUGAGUAG